AACGAGAUUUGCUGAUAUUGUCAUUUGUGUACGCUGGGAAGUUUGCUUUAGACGGUGUUGCUGUGUUGUGGAAUUUAGAUAUCUAUACCUUCGUUUUGUCGGUACGAGGUCCUGGUUAUUUUUUUAGUGAAAAUCUUUCCAAUUAGUAGUACAAGCAAGGAUAAUGGCUUGGGCUCAGUCUCCAAAGAUACAUGGUCUACUUUUGGACAUCACUGGUGUGUUGUACAACAGCGGAGAAGGGGGCGGUGCCGCUAUUGCCGGCUCCGUCGACGCCGUCAGCAGUCUCCGCACUGCCGACAUUCCCGUUCGAUUCUGCACGAAUGAAACACAAGUCACUUGUCGGAAGCUGGUCGAGAAGUUACGUCGUCUAGGUUUUGACGAUAUAGAAGAGAACGAAGUCUUCUCGCCCGUUCCUGCUGUGGUGACGGAGUUGAAGCGCCGUCGACUGCGGCCGCAUCUGCUUGUUCAUUCCGCCGCACUUCCGGACUUUGACGGACUAGACACAUCAGAUCCAAAUGCGGUCGUCGUAGGAGACGCGGCCGAAUACUUUACGUAUGAUAGGCUGAAUGAGGCGUUUUUGGUUUUAAUGAAGAGUCCAGAUGUUGUGCUGUUUUCAUUAGGAAUGGGACGUUAUUACUGUGAGACAGAUGGUCUUAAGAUGGACAAUGGGGCGUUUACUCGUGCCCUCGAAUAUGCCAGUGGUAAAACGGCUGAAAUUAUUGGAAAACCGGCAAAAUCUUAUUUCUUGUCUGCUGUAAACAGGUUGGGUGUGUCAGCGGAGUCGGUAGUUAUGAUUGGAGAUGAUGUUGUUAGUGAUGUUGGAGGAGCACAGCAGGCUGGACUGAGAGGAGUAUUGGUUCGAUCAGGGAAGUACCGGCCAACGGAUGAACAUCAUCCCGAUGUGAAACCAAGUGGUAUUGUCGACGAUCUUGCACAAGCGGUGGAUAUUAUUUUACGAGGGCAGUAGAGACAACUCUGUCGACUUAUUUUGUGUUGAGAACAUUUUGAAAUUAUUGAAGGAUGCAAGGUAAAAGCUGUGCAAGCACUGUUGUACAUAUAUAUGGAGACCAGUCAAAUUCACUUCCAUCAUAUAUUACUUUGACCUGUCGACUAAAUUUAGAAAGAAAUAACAUUUGUAUUGAGUGUGAUGUGUACCAGGCUGUGGCUGUAUGACAUUUGAAAGUCCACUUGACUAAGUGUUUAUCUAGCACCGGACUAUCUUUACGAGGAUCUCGCUUGUCAAUGCUACAUGUAUGUUUGCGUUAUAUGUCUACUGAUUCAUACGUACAGUUGGCGAAGAAACAUGGGACUUCGAGACGA